AUGGCGGGGAGCGUUUGCACUGCUGACGAGUUUGUCCGCCAUACCUAUGACUACCUUAUCUGUGGAGGCGGGACUGCUGGCUUGGUUCUCGCUGCCCGAUUGAGCGAGCAGUCCGACAUUACAGUGGGAGUCAUCGAAGCUGGAAAGAACACUCUCGAUGACCCCAAUGUCCUAACUCCAUUGUUGUUUCCUACCCUCAUAUCGAACCCAGAUUAUGACUGGAUGUACACGACAAGCCCUCAGCAUGGCUGUCACCACCAAGUCCAUUCGAUGCCACGAGGAAAAGGGCUCGGAGGCUCGAGCUCAAUCAACUUCAUGGUCUACGUACGAGGUCAUAAGUCUGAUUACGAUGACUGGGCAGCUUUCGAUGCUCCUGAAUGGGCUUUCUCGAAACUCUUACCCUGCUUCAAAAAGUCAGAACAGCUAGAGGCUCCUGCGAAUGAGGAGGACGCAAGAUCGGUCUCUUCACAAUAUCAUGGUACCACCGGGCCCAUCCACACGAGCUUCAAUGACUGGGGACUUCGAAUCGACAACGAGAUUCUAGAAGCGUUUAAAAGCACCAGCGGAAGAAGCACCAGGCCCUUGGAUCCAUGGUCUGGUGAUCAUGUGGGAUUUUUCACUUCUCUAAGUGUGAUAGAUCGCAAACAGAACAAGGGGACCAGAAGCUACGCUGGAAGUGCAUACCUGGCACCCUCAAUGGAGCGAGCCAACCUGAAGGUCCUGUGUGAGACCACCGUGUCAAAGAUAAUUCUGGACAAUAACGUGGCUGUAGGUGUGAAAGUGCUCCACAAGGGACAAGAACAUUCAGUUCGCACUCGAAGAGAGGUUAUCGCCUCUUGUGGAGUUAUUGGAUCCCCUCAGCUGCUAGAACUAUCUGGCAUCGGAGAUCCCGCUAUUCUUCGAGCAGCAGGAGUUGAAUGUCUUGUACCAAAUCCUGCAGUCGGUACCAAUUUCCAAGACCAUAUUAUCAGUGCAGUUGGCCUAGAACUAAAGAAAGGCGAUUUCUCCCUGGACUCACUUCCUACUUCGCCAGACUUUGAGGCGUUCCAAAAACAAUACAUGACUACUCGGGAAGGCCCACUAGCAUAUGCGCCGGGAACAAUGGGAUUCUUGCCCUUGCAAGCUCUGGUCGAAGAUGCUGAACUCGAAGAGAUGAUAAGGCAAAUCGAACGAACCAAAACCAAUACCGAAUUUCACAAGAAACAGUUGACCCAAGUCAUCGAGCAGCUCAAGAGUCCAACCUCUGCAAAUGUGCAGUACCUUGUUAUUCCUACACAGAUGAAAUUUGAGGAGGGAACUAGUGACCAGUCCAAGCUCUAUGGCAAAUUCCAUGCUGAAGACAAUGAUCGUGUCGCCCUUGCUGUCUGCCUUCAAUAUCCAGCGUCCCGUGGCACUGUGCACAUUACGACCUCGGACCCUCAAAGAUACCCUCAAAUUGACCCUGGAUAUCUAAGCCACCCAGCAGACGUUAAAGCUCUCGCGGCUUCGGUCAAGUUCGCGGGCAAGGCAAUCGAUUCACUGGUUGACAACGGGAAAAUUGCUCGGCGCGUCUCGCCCGACGUGAACAACGGCCUCGAAGACGAAUCACUCCAAAGAUUUGUAAGAGAGAAUUGUAUCGGUGAAUACCAUGGUAUGGGUACUUGCGCGAUCUCGGAGGUGGUUGACGGUCAUCUGCGGGUCAAGGGCGUCAAAGGCCUGCGAGUUGUUGACGCCAGUGUCUUUCCCAACAAUAUCAGCGCCAAUCUUUUGGCCAGUGUAUAUGCUGUUGCAGAACGGGCUGCUGAGCUUAUCAAGGAAGAUGGGUACCAGGGAGCAUUUGCAAAGCUUGGUCCUGAUGUACAUGCUCACUUGUGA